GUCCCACACCACUGGGCUAAGAACAGCAUCUGCAGCAAGGGACCUGGGAAGGAGGUUGUCCAGGCCCCUCCACUCUCAUGGUCCAGGCCGGGCACUGAGUCCAGCCGGGUGAAGAAGGAAUCUCUGCCCCGGUCCGUGGGAGAGGGUCGCUCCGUGGGGGGCACUGUGUGUGUGUUUUGUGACCUCCUCUGCUCUGAGCUGCUGCUCCAGGGAGGCUACACAGGCCUGUUGGAAAAGAUCAGGGCAGCCCAGGCAUCUCUUGACAUCUCCUGAGAUUGCCCUGUUCCCAGCUGGUCCCCAGACUGGGCGGCUCCCAUGUGGGGCUGGGAGGUGACGGCUGUGGGGGACCAGGCAGCUGCAGGCUGGGAUGUGGUUUGCUGAGCGUUGCAAGGAGCUGGCUUUGCUCUGACCAUGGUGGAUUUGGCCUGGAGAUUGCAGAGAAACCACCUGAUGGAGACGACCACAUCACGGGCUUCCUAGGGCUGCAGCCCCUGGCGCAGUUCCUUACUCUGCUCAGGCUCGAUGUACCGUUGGUGGCAGCACUAAGGGGCCCCCCACUGCCCCCUCAUGGCAUCUGCUCUCACCAUCCUCCUCCUCGGCUGCUGGCUGGCUGGGUGGAGCAGGAUGUCGGGAGAGGGGUCCUACCCCAAACCCUCCAUCUCCGUCAGCCCCGGUGGGGUGAUCCCCGUGGGGGGAACCGUCACCAUCCGGUGUUGGCAUCAGCUCCUGGACAUGAGGAUCCUCCUCUACAAGGAUGAAGAUGAGAAUUAUCUGAAUUACACAGACCCUGCUGGCUCUGGGGCUGAAUUUCCCAUCACCAGCGCCAGAUGGGAACACGGGGGCAGCUACACCUGUCGUUAUAGCAACAGAACAGGAGAAGUUGCCUACUCGGAGCCGAGCGACCCUGUGCAGAUCAUUGUAGCAGCCCCUCUCCCUCCCCCGAUGGAUGCUGGUUCUAUUCCCGCAGGGGAAACUGACCUGACCCAGCCUGGAGCGGCGCCAGCUCCCACCCGCCUGGACAGCGCGGGGCCAGCAGACCCCCUGGGGCGCCCAGAUUUCACCCACGCCAACAUCGCUCGCCUGGGGCUGGGCGCUGUGGUCCUGCUCAUCCUGGGGCUGAUCCUGGCCGAGGCCUAUUACAGCCGCCCGAGGGGGGCUCCCUAGGUGAGUGACCUCCCUUCUGUGCCCCUUGCUAUCCCCAGGGGCUGGGCCCAGGGUGACACAGAGCCCUCAACCCCUCCAUCUCUCUGCACCCCCAGGAGCCUGGAUCUGGUCCUGCAGACAAUAAAAUCUCCCCGGGGGAUGAGCUGCUGCCCCUAGGAGGCUGACAUGCUGGCACAAAACCCUCCUGCUCCCCAACCCCCCCCCUCGGAGAAUCUUCCCCCCUCCCCCCAACAGCUUGUUACCCAAAACUGCACCCCAGGAUCGGACCCAUGGCCCCCAGCCUCACAAACAGCAGCCCCUGUGAAGCCAGCUGGAGGAGCAGCCCCUGGAGGGUGCCGAGGUUCCACUUACUGGCCCAUUCAUUCCCUGCCCCAUCGCGCUGCGCCACAGUGAAAUGGUUCUUUCCAUCACCGGUGCCCCCUGCGAAGUGGAGACAUUGGAUGGGACAGUGAUUCUGUGUGGCAGGGGAUGGCUUUGUCUAAUCAGCAGUUUGGGAAGGCAAGGAUAGUGGAACGUGAGUAUCCCUAUCCCUUACCUGUUACCCGUGUGGAGAAUUGACAGUGAAGGAAAUGUUCCCGAGUCUGUUAGGGGUAAUGACUUGCCUAUGAAGGGAGCUACCCCAAUCUCCAAGCAAUUUUCCGUGAACAGUGAUGUGUGCUAGGACAAGGGAAAUGAGAUCCCAAGCUGUUUGUUUCUCCAGCUCUUCUCUGCAGAGCAGACAGAAAAAGCCUGUCACACUAUGAUGGUUGAAAAAUUAUCAGUUGACGCAGAGCUGAUUCUGGAUACAACUAAAGCCCAGGAAGGAAGUGGUCCCGAAUUUGUGUCUGCUAGGGAUGAUGACAUUGCAACUAGGUUGCAUCCAGUUAAUGUCAGAAAUAGUUCCCAGAGACCAAGCGAUUCUGGUGCUUCUGUUGUGUCUGUUGCUAGUGUGUUUCUGGGUAAAGAGAUGACAACCUUGUCUGAUCAGGGUGAUAUCAUAGCUAGGGCACCAGGAAAACAUGAAGGUGAUUUGACUAUGUUACCUGCUGCCAGCGUGGAAACUUGGAACAAGGAAGAAAAUGCUUCUAAUCUUGUGACGAUGAAGUUUAGCAGUUUACCUGAAAGGGGGUUUUGUGAAAACCUCCUGAUGGGCCACGGGUGAUUCUGGAUGGAAGUGAAACUCAGAAGAAGUUUGGUGAUUUGUCUGUUGUGCCCAAAUCGGUUCUGGGCAUAAAUAAAGCUCAAAAAGAACCUGUUGCAGUGCCUGAUAUUGGAGAAGCACAGGGAUUUUUUGGUGAAGUCUUCUGAAGUUUGUGAAAAGGAAUUGUUUCCACUGACUCUUAAUGGGCCAUUGCUGAUAGUAAACAGUCUCUCUUCUGAGGAAAGUGUGUUGGUGCCUAGUGGCCAAAGUCUUUCAAAUGAAAAUGAAUCAACUGAAUUUGUACUGAAAAAAAUCCAGUGUGGAGAGCUUUGAGGAGAUUUCAGAUGGAAUGAAAAUUGUUAGGGAGUUUAAAUAGCCCUAUAAGCUUAACCAGCUUGGUUUUGGGACAGGACUAUCUCCUUUUUGAUUCUUUGAGUGAACAGUCUGUAUCUCAGGUUCAGAGGGAAGGCUGGAUAGCUGAAACUGCAGAGCAGGAAGACAAUUGUGCAGUUAAUCUCUCGAGAAUACAGGGGAUGGCAGGUAAACUCUCAUCUCUAGAUAUUUUGGAGAUGUCUUGCAGUCUCUUAGUAGACUUGACAUCUGAUUCCAUGUGGAAGCAGAAGCUGGUAACGGAAGGACAAAAUAACCUGGAGUCUAACAUGCUAGGGACAAUGGAUGGUAUCUCUUUAAGACAGAGUCCAGCCUUGGAAUUGGUAAAGGGUGAGGAUCUGAAAACUAGUGUAAGCAGAGUCAGUAUGAGCUCUACCUUGACAUCUGGUGGUGAACUGUGGCAAGUUGUGGAAAAGAACUUCAGGGGCUGAUCUUGCUCGCAUAAGCACACCCACCUCACCUAGCAUGAGCCCACAGCAGCUCCAAUGGUCACUUUAGCUGCUGUGGGAUCCCCAGUUUCUCUGUUAUUGAGGCAGGAAUAAUAAAGUGUUGUUACCCUGAUUAUGUGAAUGAAGGGCUAUGAGACUAUUUUAUGACAGAGAGACUCGCCAUCAACAACGUAGCACUCGAUAGACAAGAGACAUGGGUUCCAAAACCCAGGGAAUUGAGAGAGAGGCUGGGGAAUGGGCAUUUGUAUCUGCUGAUAUGGAUCCCCUUUGAAGGCCUAAAACACCAAUUAUGUCUCCUCUUUCCACUGCAGAAUAUCAGAGCUAAUUUUGGUUCUAUUAGGAGUCUGAUUACAGGCUGCAGAGCUGAAUUCACUUUAGGCCAAUGGUGCACCAGUACUGAGGGUCCCCUACUACAAGCUGAAAUCACUAAAAUGCUGAAAUUACUAAGAGCUGAAAUCACUGAGUGCCUGGGGUAGGGUGCUGAAGUGACACUGAGUGGCUGACAGUUUGUGGGAUGGCUAGUGGAGUGGAGUGGCUAGUGGAGCGGAGCAGCUGGCGGAGCAGAGCAGUUCAUGGAAUGGCUGGAGUGGCUCACAGGAUGGCUGGUGAAGUGGCUCGCGGUGAAGGAUGCAGCAGAACCUCAUGGAGAGGUGGGGCAGUCGGCCUCAGACCACGUAAGGUGCACCUUAACACCCCUGCAGCCCCCCUUCCACCCAGGCUGGGAGGUAAAUCUCUGCAGAUAAACUCUUGAACUCAGGCUGCACUGACCAGGGACAGAGACUUUUGGGUUGUUGGACUUUUGGGUGACUUUUGGAUUGAUGGACUCAAGAGACAUUUGGGGUGUUGGACUUUUGGGACUUUGGGUGAUUUUUUGGGUUGCUGGACUUAAGACCCUGAGGGGAAAAGGACACUGCCAGACUAGCUUGAGGGUGGGUCUUUUGCUCAUGGUUUGUGUUAUGAAUCCUGUUUGUGGUGUUUCCCCAACAUAAUGCCACAUUGUUUCCCUCCUUUAUUAAAAGGAUUUUGCUACAUUCAGACUCCGUGCUUGCAAGAGGGGAAAUAUUGCCUCCUAAAGGUGCCCAGGGGGUGGUAUGUUAUUGUUCCAGGUCACUGGGUGGGGGCUCGAGCCGGUUUUGCAUUGCGUUAUUGAAACGGAGCCCCUGGAUACUGAACCCGGUCCUUGUUGUUGCCAACUCAGACGGGCAGAAGGGUUACACUAGUAAACACUGUCUGUGUUGAUACAAAUUACCUGCCUGAGUGGGGGAAGAAAGACUUUCACAUAGUUGUUAGCAAAGAUGACACACACCCAGCCGGCCAGUGGAGUCUGUUACACAACAGAGUUCAGAUUUUGACCCUACUGGACAGGGAGGAUGAGAAGGAUUAAAAUUUGCAAUUAAAAGCCACAGGUUAACCUUAAAAUACCAAAACCCCAAGGAAGUGAUUAAACUGAAAGUCUAUGUUAAGGAAGACCCUGAGGUCAAGGAAAAGCUACAAAGGUUCAAAAGGGAUAUUGAACAAGCUGACCUAAAAUAUGAUUUGUCUAAACCAAAGGCUUGGCGUGACCAAAAUGAUUGUAAAUGUGCCCUUGUGAUAAAACUGUUGUUAUUGCUAAUGAUUGGAACUAACUUCCCGCUGAUACCAGGAAAUGUACAAUGUGCAGGUUUUUUGUUUGUUUUUUUGAAAAACCCUUGAACAUGUUGGGAGUGAUACAUAGGAACUCAUUACAGCAGGCCUGCACAACUCGUAAAGCACCGAGGGCCACAUUAUGCCAGAGAAAACAGCUGAGGGCUGAAACCCCACGGAAACACCCCCUCCCAGCACUGCCUAGCCCUGCAGAAAGAAACCCUCCUUCCCUAGCGCAGCCCCACCAAAACAGCUGUGGGCCAAAAAGGAAGGUUG